AUGUGUCAGGAGGCAGUAGAACGUGUCAGGGGGCAGAAGAACGUGUCAGGGGGCAGUAGAACAUGUCAGGAGGCAGUAGAACAUGGAGGACAGAGGGGGGGGGGGCCGGGAGUGGAUGAAGGAGACGACACAGAAGGAGGAGAGGAAGAAGAAGGAGGUGACGAUGGAUUUAACAUCAAAGAAAACAUGAACGGGACGACUCCACAGCUUCCACAAGGCUUUCUGCAGGACUUUUUGGACAGGUAUCUGUACUCUGAUAGGCUGAAGGUCUUCGGCCCUCUCAUCAUGGGCAUCGGGAUUUUCCUCUUCAUCUGUGCGAACGCCGUCCUGCACGAGAACCGCGACAAGAAGACCAAGGUCAUCAACCUGCGGGACAUUUACUCCACCGUCAUCGACCUCCACAGCCUCCGCAAACCCAACUCCUCCGCCCGCCGCUCCUCCGCCAACCCCCUCAAUGGCCUCGUUAACUACGUCCAAUCAAAGAGCCUGGAGACCAAAUCCAGGGCAUACCCCGCCUCCCUGAUGAGCAGGAGGGAGGGAGGGACGGGAGGAGGAGGUGGGGGUGGUGAUGGAGGUAACACAGUGUUCAGUAUCUACCGUGAGCAGCCAGAAGCUCCUCCUCCUCCUUCCUCCUCCCAAAGACUCUCCCUCCCCCCCAGCCUCAGCCCCCCCCACCUUCCCACAUGCUGGACCUCCCUGCAGAAGGAGGCGCUCAGUUCCUUCACCUUGCCUUUGCGCCACCCACGCCCCCCUGCCCCCCGCAGGAGGCACUCAGCUCGGGCGGGGACGGGCCGGGGCUGGGGUGGGGCCCCAGGAGGAGAGGAGGUGCAGGGGAGAGAGGAGGGAGGCCACAGACAGGAAGAAGAGGAGGUAUCUGCACGUCCACCACCUCCUCUGUGCUCCUCCACGCCCCCCCCACUCAGACCAUUCCAGGGUUCCUGCAGCUCCUCCAGUCUCCACAGGGAGGCCCCAGGAGGCUCCCAGGCCCUGCUCCUCCUCUCCUCCUCCUCCCUCACCCCCUCCCACCUGUCGCUCUCCUCCCUCUUUCAUCUCCUCUUCUCCUCCUCCUCCACGCCACCCCCCCCCUGCAGGAGGCGGAGCCUGCCGACCGCCAGCAGCACAACAGGUUACAGCAAACUGACGCACGGAGAUGACCAAUCGUUUGAGUCGAUCACGUCACCGUGCCGUGUGACGUCACAGGGUGGGGCUCAGAGGACAGGGGAAGUGACAUCACACAGGAAGUACUCCAACAGGGAGAAGCUGAGGAUGAUCUCACAGGUGGAUUCUGGUCUGAGGAGGGAGGAGGAGGCGACCAAUCAGGAGCUGCCUCAGUGAUAAACAGCACAACUCUGAAGUCAUGUGACUUUUUAAUGACAUCACAUCAGGAGGGAUUGCGUGGUGAUGAAAUGGUUAAAGGAUUGUGGUUCAUGGCGUAGCAAUAAGGAGUCUUCCAGCACAGCGUGAUGGACUUCCAUUAAACAGCUUGUUAUCUGACUGAGACGCGGGAAUGUUUUUAUACUAAUCUCCACGUGUCCGACAGGAAAUGUUUUGUGUGUGGAGGUCGCCACACUGGGGGGCGGGGCCACCUGGAGGACAAGUAGGGCCACGGCGGGGGGCUUUCAUAUCCAGGGGAAAACAGAAAAGUUUAACUACUGAUUUAAAAUGUGUCUUUACAGAAAGAGAACAUGUUCAGAGAUGAAAGUGUUUUCUGCUGCUGAACGUCAGAGUGGGAACCUUUAACCCUUUAACUCCCGCAGAGCCUCCACAGUAAGGCCACAUGACGACAAGCUAAAUGUAAUGUUUAUCUCACUGACAUCGUGAUGUCUGCUGAAGACAGACCUGAGGAGUUCAGACUCACAGUCAGACUUUAAAGACCUGCUUUCAGUUUCUGGUGGUCCUGGCGGCCCCCGGUGGUUAAAAGCGGCAGUGGUUCCAUCACUUUGUGUCGAAAACGUCUUGAUCUGGUGCGUUGUUUGUCGUGGAGGCGAGUGAAAGAAAGACAAAACUUAAUUUUACUAGUCUCUCUUUUUUUUAAACAGCUGUUAGCAGGACACAUAGCAACGAGCUAACGCAUCUAUUUGUGGUUCUGUGAGAUUAAUAACUGUAACAUGACGACGGCGCUCCGUUCAGACACAAGGGUACGUGUCAUUUUGUUGAGAAAGCUGAAGUUAGCUUUGCUUCCUGGUAAUGUCUUCAUUAUAAUACGUUGUUGACAGUAAAGCCCACCACGAGGAUACCUCCGUCUGCUGGAGACACAGCACACACCUGUUUUGGAGGAAGAGGACCAACUCAGGUAAUUUUGAAUCUUUGAAAUCCCACAGUUCUUUCCAUCGCUUGAACGAGUGAGCGAGGUGGACUAGGCUUUUUGCUCACGCUUUAUCAAUGUCCUAUUUCAGCCGUAACCACAAAAUAUAAGGUCAAAAACAAAAAGCUCAAAAGACAAAUCUCCCCAGCUUCCUCCGAACAUAGGCUCUGUGUGCCGGAAAAGAACUCCUUGUAGUACGUUAAAUUUCAGUAAUUACAAGUGAAAAUACAAACACUUUUAAAGUCUUUUAAAAUCAUCAAGUGAAAUUUUAGUUUUUGCAGCUCAGUCCGUCUGUAGAGAGUUUAGUGUUUGAAGCAGUUAUUCCAAACUCAGCUGACGUUAAAACAUCCUGAGACCUGACAAUGCAAGCACUAUUACAUUGCAACUAUUUUAAUGGGAGAGCCCUGAAGAGUUCGGAUAAAGGCCGUUGGCUAGAUAAAUGACCUAAAGAAUAACAGACAUUUAGUUUUGUCAGAGUUUAAAACAGCUGAUGUUCAAUGAGAUCUGAAACGUAUCAAAGAACCUGUGGCAUAUAAAACAGUAUCAUCUGCAUAAAAAUGUACAUGACAGUUUGGAGUGGCAGAGAUAAUAUAGUUUAUGUACAUGUUGAAUAAAAGUAGCUCUGGCUCAGGAGGUACAUCACACGGUUGGCGGUUCGAUACCCACCUCCCCCCAAACUGCUCCCGAUGCUGACCACGUGAGCGUUAGCUGGCUGGCAUUGCUGUGUUACUGGGUGAAUUGUAUAAAUGCAGCCGUUUACCAAGAACAGAGCCUUGUGGGAAACCUUUACUAACCUGAAGAGCACUAGGUUUGGAACCGCUGGUAGAGAAACCUGACACCAUUUAAUGGACAUUUAGUCGCAGCAAGGAUAGUUGUUCUGGUAAAAUAAAUGUUGUUCUGGUAAAAUAAAUGAACAUGGGAUGUUCAACACAUUCAGAAAUCAGAUUCUUCAUUUCUGUAUUGAAUGACAAUGAAGUAAAACGUUGAACAAUCAGGAGCAGAGUGGCUGUUAAAGGGUUAAAGGAUCAUGCGUGGCCCCCCAGUGAGGAAACUGUUCUCUAUAAAUGUUUUCAUCAGCAUGUAACUGUUAGAAAUAUAUGUGAGGUGUAAGCUCUGACUGCGUCGUUGUUGUUACUGUGAAGUGAAAGCUGUAGCUAACCGAUGUCUUCCACUGCAAGCUAAACUUGCAUCAGCUGAACAGCACACCGUCCAAUCAGCUGACCCUGCAGGUUCAGCAGUCUAUCAGCAAACAUCAUCAAUAACUCCAAAUAAAGCACAUGAAGUUCA